AUGAAUGCUCAUGAUUACUCUUAUUAUCCUGUUUCCCCUACAUAUUUCCCUGAAAGUGAAGACAUUGAGGAGGAAUUAUUGAAUCUUGUCGACUCAGAUGUAACAUCGCAUAUGUCAGAUGAAGGUCAUAGGCUCGAUGAAGUUGCAUCAAACAAUUUCCUAAAUUGUCACAUAAAUUCUCAGAGUUUGAUGGCCCAUCGAGAUGACCUGGUAAAUACAUUCUCCAACUGCUUGCAUGAUCUGAUACUUGUUAGUGAAACUUGGCUUAAACCAUCUCUCCAGUCAUCGGCGGUAGAUUUGAAGGGAUAUAGGCUUCUGAGGUGCGAUCGGGUUGAUCGUCGAGGUGGGGGUGUUGCAGUUUACGUUAAAGAUAACAUUUCUUGUCGAAUUGUAAAGCAUUCAAGUUCGGAUAAAACACCUUCAUUAGAGUACCUCUUCAUAGAAAUAAAUUUACACAAGAAGUUUUUAGUUGGUGUUCUCUAUUCACCCCCUAUGUGUAGCUACUUUGAGGAAUUUGAUGCUGUAAUGGCAGAGUUGGUUCCCAUUUAUUCGGAGAUCAUUAUGAUGGGUGAUCUUAACACGUGUAUGAUUCGCGACUCAAGCAGGUCCAAACUUCUGCAUAACAUAUUCGAUUCUUAUAAUUUGAAAUUGAUCAACAAAAAACCUACCCAUCAUUUACCUAACUCCAAUACACUGCUUGAUUCAGUUGUAACAUCAAUGCCUAACAAAAUAUUCACCUUUGGCCAGCACGAUGCUUAUCAGUUUUCACACCACGAUUUGAUUUAUGCUGCUCUUAACUUCAAACGUCCUAAGUUCAGGCGACGUGUUAUCAAGUUCCGAAACUUGAACAUAGUGGAUGAUAUCCAUAUUGCAAAUAGGGCAAGAGUGGUGGAUUGGAAGUUGGUAUACCAAAAGCCUACACUUGAUGAGAAAGUGAAAUUUUCAAACCAAAGGAUACUGGAAAUUUAUGAUGAUUUGGCUCCGGUGAGGACAGUGACAGUGAGGCGUCCUUCGUGUGCCUGGUUAAAUGAAAACUUGAAGCAGAUGAUGAAGAAACGUGAUAAAUUGAAAUCAUUGUACAUAAAAAACCCCACUCCUGAUAAUAGGGAAUUGUACCGGGUAAUGAGAAAUACUUGCAAUCACUUGUGCAGGAAUGAGAAGAGAAGGUUUUUUCAUGAGAAUCUUCUUAACGUACCUCCUAAGAAAGUUUGGCAGACUAUACGCUCAGUUGGAAUUGGAAGGAAGGAACUUGAUUCAACUUGCAACCUUGAUGCAGAUCUUCUGGCCAAGCAUUUUGUUUCACCCUGCAUCCCCUUGGAUAGAGAUAUCAAAAAAUCCACAUUGGAAUCACUCAGUUCAUCACCAUUACCUAGCAGGCCUUCUUUCGAGUUUGUGGCAAUUACUGACAACGACAUCAGGCUGGCUUUGAAUGAAAUAACCUCGAGAUCAGUUGGCUGCGAUGAUAUCGGAACAGCUCUUCUGAAACCGAUUAUCGAUGAAAUUCUUCCGGUCCUAAAUCAUGUAUUUAAUGUACCUUUAGUAAAUGGUGUUUUUCCCUCAUUAUGGAAGCAGGCUAAGAUAAUUCCCAUUCCCAAAAAGCAGAAUGCCGAUGACGUAGCUGAUUUCCGUCCAAUUUCCAUUCUUCCCACCUUAUCAAAGAUUUUCGAGAAGAUAAUCUAUUUUCAAGUAGUUUCGUACAUGGAUACUUAUUCCUUGCACAAUGCAUAUCAGUCGGGCUUCCGUCGGGGACACAGCACAACUACUGCUCUCACUAAAGUUAUCAGUGACAUCGGUGAAGCUAUGGAUAAGAGGCAGCUCACAGUAUUGGUGCUUCUGGACUUUAGUAAAGCCUUUGAUACUAUCGACUUAGAUAUAUUGAUAGCUAGGUUGCGAAUAUUAGGCUUCUCUUCGAAUACCAGAAGGUUUUUCGAGUCAUAUCUCAAGGGGAGAAAGAUCAAGGUAGACACUGCCCAGGGGGCCUCUGCCUGGAUGGAUGUGUCGACGGGAGUACCACAGGGAAGCGUUUUGGGGCCGCUCCUCUUUUCCAUUUACAUACAAACCCUGCUCGAUCGCACCAGUUGUAGGUACCAUCUUUUUGCUGAUGACUUGCAAAUUUAUGUACACACCUCACCGGAGCAAUUUGCAGAAGACGUUAAUAAACUCAACUUUGACCUGGCUCUGAUAUCUAAGAAAGCCUCAAGAACAGGACCUUAUAACGAAAAAAUGCAAUCGAGAGAUUAUACGGACUGGAAGAAAUUCAGCAACAAUUUGAAAUUGAGAAUUACAAAAAUACCACAGAUUGACACGUCAGAAGAAUUCAAAGAUAGAGUAAAAGAUUUAGGAGAACACACACUGAAGGCAUUUGAGGAGAGCACGAAAAGGGUAAUCAAACCAACACCAAGACAUAAAGAAGGAGAGAACCCUAGAGAAAUGAAAGAAUUAAUCAAAAUGAACAGAAGACUAAGGAAAAACUAUAGAAUCUACAAAACAAACGAAGACAGGCUAAAACUGAACAACCAUAGUCAAAUCUUGAAAAAUGCACUCAUUGAACUGAGGAGAAAUAGAUGGAAUAAAAAAAUAAGCGAACUAAACACAAUGGAUCAUUCCGCAUGGAAAAUGUAA